AUGCACCGUCGUGAAGUUUAUCUGCGUGAUGAAACUCCUAUGAUUGAGCAUGAUGCUCUCCACUCCCGUGAUGUCUUCUACCACCGUGACUCUCACAAUCACCGCUAUGCCAGUCUGCAACCUCGCGACUAUUAUGGACCCAAUGAGCCUCGCAUUGACAGCGAGUUCACCACGCGGGAUACUUCCCCGGCCUUAGACGUGAACGUGCAUACCCAAGCCGAUACAGCCCAGUGCUCAGUCCCGACUAUGCUCAUGAAAGUCGAUAUGCUCGACGCAAUGGCCUUGACGAGCGCUGGGCAUUUGGUGGAGGAGCAUACCGUGACAGUGGGUACCCUCAAGGUAGAGCUCAUAACCAGGAUUCUAGAUGGACGGACAAUGUCCGUAAUGUUGCAUCUUCAUCUUUGGACAUUCGUCACGACGCUGUCCCGCGAGCAUUUACUCGAGAUCCCACUAACCCUCCGCAUCCUCCUUCAUCAUAAUCGACUUUUGAUAUGCCUGUGCUUUUGUCGUUUGUUGGGUUGCUAUUUUGGUUCAUCUUCUCAUGCUCACUUUGUCUUUUUACGGUGAUAACUUAUUAUGGUGGUUUGCUCAUCCUACACUUGUCCUGUCCCUUUCGUACCCUAGUACUUAUGUAGCUAUCCAUGUGUUUUUACGAUUUCCUCUCGUUUCGAUAAUGUCAGUAUAGCAGCUCCAAUGCCU